ACUCUCAUCUCCCUCAGCUGAAUAUGAACACCAUGAAGGUUAUUGUUGUCUUGAGUCUUGUUGCAGCUGCUCUGGCAGCCCCAUCCAGACUCCAAGCCUUCCCCGGCCCAGUUCCUGCUCCAUACUACCGACCAGUUCCUGCCUACAAGCCACUGCCACUCCUCAAGGUUCCUGCACGCUACAACUUCGGCUACUCCGUCAACGACGACUACUCCGGCAACAACUUCGGUCACCAGGAGACUCGUGACGGCUACGACACCAAGGGGUCGUACUCCGUGCAGCUUCCCGACGGUCGUGUGCAGCAGGUCACCUACACUGUCAAUGGUGACUCUGGCUACGUGGCCGAAGUCACCUACUACGGAGAGGCCAAGUACCCUGCAUACAGGCCUGCCCCGGCCUAUACCCCCGUCCCAGCCUACAGACCCACACCUCUGUAUGGCUGAGAUACAGUGUAAUUGAUCAAAAGAUGCUUAUACACCGCA